AUGAACCCAAAAAAGUGUGUUUUUGGGGUAUCCGCUGGAAAUUUCUUAGGAUUCUUGGUGCACCAAAAGGGGAUUGAGAUUGAUAAAAAUAAGGCGAAGGCUAUCAUUGACGCGCCCCCUCCAAAAAACAAGAAAGAUGAAGAGAAAUUUUGGUGGGAAGAGACUCACCAAAGGGCAUUUGACGCCAUUAAAGAAUAUUUGGCCAAGCCUUCGGUGCUCAUUCCACCAAAGCGGGGCCGACCCUUGAAAUUAUAUAUUUUGGCCGUGGAAAACUCCAUCGAAAGUCUACUAGCCCAAGACAAUGAUGAGAAGAAAGAGCAAGCGGUAUACUACCUCAGCCGAAUUCUAACGGUCACCGAGAGGAAAUAUUCUCCGGUGGAGAAACUUUGCUUGGCCCUGUAUUUUACUGCGACCAAGUUAAGGCAUUACAUGUUGUCCUCCGUGGUGCAUAUAAUCGCCAAGACUGAUUUGAUAAAAUAUAUGCUCACUCGCCCAAUCAUUAGAGGGCGAAUAGGAAAAUGGACAAUGGCAUUUGCGGAAUUCACUUUCCGAUAUGUGCCCCAGCAGGCCGUUAAGGGGCAAGCUUUGGCCGAUUUCUUGGCAGCCCACCCUUGUGUUGAAAUAGAGGAGAUGGAUUUCCUCGAGGUGGGCACAUUGAGUUUAUUUCUAUGGCGCCUUUAUUUUGACGGGUCUCGAACAUCUAACAUGGGCGGGGCAGGUGUCAUCAUUGAAACGCCCAAAGGAUUCCGAACUCGUUAUUUUUUUCAAUUGGACUUUGAUUGUACCAACAAUCAAGCCGAAUACGAGGCCCUGAUCAUAGGGUUGGAAAUUUUGAAAGAGCUUGGGGUAAAAAGUGUGGCGGUCAUGGGAGACUCAAGGUUGGUCUUAAAACAAUUGUCUGGCGACUACAAGGUGACUAGCCAAGCUUUGCUUGGAUAUCAUGCGUUGGCCAACCAAUUGAUGGAAGAUUUCGAUGAUGUGAGACUCGCCCACUUACCGAGAGAACAUAACACUCAGGCCAACGCCAUGGCCCAAUUAGCAUUCGGAGUGGAAAUCUCUGAGGGGCUCUCUGAGAAGCUUUUUAAAGUUGAGAAGCGAUCUCUCCCCUCCAUCUUUGAAAGAGGGGUUCCAGCAGAAGUUAUGGUGUUAACCAUAGCACUAGAGGAUUAG